AGUACGCAAUACGUAAAACAAGUCGGCCGUGUUCAGUGCGUACGCGAGCGAACGUGCUCGGCCGGUGCUUUCUCUUUUCCUCAUAUACUGUGCAAUCCGUCAUCAUUGUUUUCUUCUUCUUCUCUGUAUUCACCACCUCAGCAGGCGCCUUUCAUGUCGUCCUCCUACACCUCGUUGGAGGACCUGGGGACGGUGGCCCUUUCGCACCGCAGCGAGAUCGAGGAGGUGAAGCGCCAGCUCGACAUUAAGCACGGCUACUUCGACGCGUGGAUGUACGGCUUCUUGGAAAAUAAGAAAUUCGACAUCGAGGAGACGGUGGCGAAGUUGCACCGCCGCUUUGCGAUGGAGGUGAAUGAGCUGGCCACCUACGAGUUCUCAGACUUCAUGCGUGCCUCGUUGCGCAAAGGCAUUAUUCAAGAUAUCGGCGUGGACAAGGCGGGCCGGGUCGCCUUCUACAUCAACACCAAGCGGGACUUCCCACAGUCGAGGUACCGCGAUGAGCAGCGACGCACCUUUGAUAUGUUCGUCAGCUACGGCACGCGUCUGCGCAAGGAGAACAGGCGAGCGCAGAUUGUGAUGCUCAUCAACCAAGACGGGGCAAGCCUCUUCAAGAACGUGGACAUGACCUUCCAGGCCGACGUCGCCCUCCGCAUCGCCAAGUUCUACCCGGGCGGGGUGGACAAGAUGUACAUCUGCAAGAUGAACCGGACGCUGGCGGCCAUGGCGAAGCCGAUCUUCAAGACGCUGCCCGCCAUUGUGUCGGACCGCAUUCAAAUCGUGGACGCCGGCGACAUCAAGGACGGUGUGCUCCUCGACCUCUUCGACGAAGACGUGCUGCCGAUCGCGCUGGGCGGCAAGAACGACUGCGACAACGAGGAGCACUGGAAUGCGUACGCCGACCGCGUCGAGAAAUACUACGCGGACCUGAAGCGCGCCGUGAAUGAGCGCGGCCUCACCGUGAAGGAGUGGGAGCUGCAGACGAUUGGGAUUGACGUGGACGCGGCAGAGAGCGGUGGGCACGCCGCUGAUUCGCAUGCCACCGCCCCCCAAGCGGAGGCCUUGGCGUACUCGGUGCGGUCGCUCGCCCUGCGCACGACCUCGCACGAGGCCUCGCCCUUCCUUACGCGGACAAGCUCGCAGCUCUUCACCAGGCGGCCGCCGGACUCGGCAGACCCCGAUCUGAAGCCCCUCAUCACGUGUGCGACGGCGAUGGAGUCCGCCGUGACCCCGCUGUACGAUGACGCGUCAGCUGGCGGCGCCGGCAACGAUGAGCCGGGGACGCGCCUGACGUGGGCGGAGGUCGUUGCCCCGAUGCCGCGCGACUUCGCGCUCUUCUUUCUGGACGAGCUGGUGCGGUGGCGCACGGCGGUCGAGAAUGCGGAAAUAGCGGAGCGGUACAGACUGCUAGACCGCUACGUCUCCGGCACCCGCACGGUGGCGGAGCGGGGCAUGCGUGGGCUGAACGUACGCGACAAGAAGUGGUACAGCGGUGUCCCGUACCCGCUGCAGGCGCUGUACCAAAUUGUACUCAUGGGCAUCACCGUGUUUAACGUGGUGUACUUCAUCGCCGCACUGAUCUUCCUCGCGGUGUUCUGCGCAGAUGUCAUCGUCACCAUCUUCUUUGGCUUCUUUGUGAAGCCGAGCUACGUCUUUCCGCUGAGUGCCGUGCUGCUGAUGGUCGCCAUCCAAGGCGCAUGCUUGUGCUCGCGGGCGGUGGACAUCAUCUCCGCCAUCUACCAAGGCCGGGUGAUCCCGGUGUUUGAGUGCGUUGGCAGCUACUGGGGCACCGUGGCCGAGGUGUGUCUCUUCUUCGUCACGGUGGCCAUCCAGUUCAUCAUUUUUAUCGUAUACGCACGUCGCGACAACCCACUACGAGGACUGGAGGUGUCCUUCUGCACGGGGUGGAUCUGCGCACUCCUCAUCAUCUGCGUCACACACGUCUUCUUCUUCACCGGCAUCUUUGCCUCCGCCAGCUCACGCGACACGGAGAACCGAAUGGGGGCGCUGCCGUUCUUUCUUACCUUCAACUUUGGUGGCGGUACGGUGGACAAGUCGAUUGAGGUGGAUACCCGCUUCCUGCUGCGCACGUCGUCGUACGUCAUCUGCGGCAUUCCGCUGGUGGUCAGCAUGCUGUUCGGCAUCGGCUUCCUCAUCAGCCGCAUCGUGUCGCUCUACGUCUCCACCUUUGCUGCCGCCAUCACAGCCGCCUUUGUCGUCCACUACUACUCCGACAACCUGUCCAACACGCUCACGGGAGCCCUGAUGCGGCUGACGCUGUGGAUGCUGACCAUCGUGUGGUGCUACGUCACCUUCUCCUUUGGCUUCCGCGACUACGACCGGGAGUACGGCGCCAGCGUCAUCGUGUCCUCCAUCCUAAACGGCAUCUUUGUGAUACUCGCGGUGAACUCCCUGCACCUGCCGGGGCACAGCCGGCUGCUGCGCAUCUCCUUUGUGAUUGUCCUGCUGUACAUCUUCGCCUGCUGGAUUUGUGUCUUUCCUCUCGUGUCGUGGCGCAUGGGGCUCUUCUGUCUCGCCAUCAUGGUGCACAACGUGGUCAACAUCAUCUUCGCCCCGCGCGCGCUGACGGGCAUCCACGGCUCCUUCUUUCUCUCCGCAGCGGUACUCCUUCUGGGCAUCUCGUGUGUGCUGCUCGGGUGGUACGGCACGACGCUGCUGAACACCACACCGCAGAGCCUGCCCUCCGGUCCCGCCACCACCCUCCCGCUGUCCAAUCUACAGAUGUACCACCAAUACCCCGUCUGCACGUUGGCAAUGGGGGCGGACAGAAGCAUCAGCAUGGUGGACAUCUCCCUCUUGAAUGAGGUGGUCGCCGCACGCACGGAGGCGGUGCGGACGGUGGACUUCAACAACUGGUUCGGCUCGCGUGGGGUCACCUACUCCGGUGUCGUGAAGCACUUUGAGGCGGACGGCGUCUCUUGGGACAUGCACCGCUUCGACAUGCCCGCCGCCGCGAAUACGACGGUGCUGGUGUUGAAUAACCGGUACGCUAUGUCCUCCAUCGUCGGCACCGUUGGCUGGAUCGACGCGAUCGCCCUGUCGCCGCUGAGCAUCUUUAUGCCGUACGAGAUGAUCAACACGAUGGUGUACAUCAUAUCUUUCGCCACCCGGCUCGUGCCUUUUGCGGGUGCGGAUCUCGCAACGGAGUUGGCAGCAUUCAUCAGCGGAGAAAAGGCAGUGCUGACGACAGAAGUGAUUUUGACGGCGACGGGGCUGGCUGGCGGGUUUCUGGGCGCGGCCGCCGCCCGCACCGAGACGCAGUCCAUUCUUUUCGCCUCGCCGGGGCUCAUGCAGUGUGCGCGCAAGAUGGGGGUGGACUACGCGGCGUACCACAAAUACGUGCUGUCCGUCGGGGCCUAUCUGGGUGCGCUCAAUUACAUUGGCGGCCAGGACUCCACCAUCUCUCAGCGGAUCCAGUGCUCCGGCUCCGCGCUGCACUGCAUGCGCUCGCAGUUCUUUUCGACCGCCCUCAUCGAGGCCUGCGGCGACGCCCACGGCCGGAGACACGUUGGAGCGAAAUAG